UAGUGUCGUUUGACAUCAACCCAUACUGACACGCAUUCACCGGUCAGCUCGGGUUGUUAUUACACGUUCUCACGUCACCGGGUCGCACCCGUAGCUGGUGGCGCUAGUUUAUGAUCGGCCGUUUGUUCGGUAGCUUGUCUCAGAAGGUCCCGAGCUUGCUGUACCGGGUGUCGCAGGUGAUGAAGCCGCAGGUUGUCUUCGUUCUGGGCGGGCCUGGCGCCGGCAAAGGAACCCAGUGCUCCAAAAUCGUGGAGAGUUAUAAGUACACCCAUUUGUCAGCUGGGGAUUUACUCAGGGAAGAGCGAAACAGAGAAGGGUCAGAGUUCGGACAGCUCAUUGCCAACUACAUCAAAGAGGGCAAAAUUGUCCCAGUGGAGAUCACCAUCAACUUACUCAGGAAGGCCAUGGAAGAGACGAUGCAGAAAGAUGAGAAAAAGUUCCGUUUUCUCAUAGAUGGUUUCCCCCGCAACGAGGACAACCUUCAGGGGUGGAAUCGUGUCAUGGAUGGCAAAGCUGAUGUUAAAUUUGUGCUUUUCUUUGACUGCAGCAACGAGGUUUGCAUCAACAGAUGUCUAGAAAGAGGAAAGAGCAGUGGACGCACAGAUGACAACAGAGAGAGCCUGGAGAAAAGAAUCCAAACCUACCUGCAGUCUACACGACCAAUCAUUGACCUGUAUGAGAAACAAGGGAAGGUGUGCACUAUAGAUGCUUCUCGGUCAGUGGAUGAGGUGUUCGCUGAUGUGAAAGCCAUCCUUGACAAAGAGGAUUGAGUUUCGCCAACUGCCAACAACAUUCAUUUUUCUUUUACGUUUCUUUUUAUCAACUGCAUUUACACUAUAAUAAGUUUAUAUGUUCAAUCAUAUGACUUUUUACAUUUGGUUACUUUUGACUUCCAUGUCUUUUGUAAACGCUAUACUGUUUAUUUGUGAGUAUGUAGAAUGUGUAUGAAUGUGGGGUAGUGAUGCCAAGCAGCUACUUGUGAUCAGCUGGUUAUUAUUAAGAAGAGCUCACAGUUCAGUCUUUACUCACAGUCUGAGGUCUUUGCAUUGGAAAACAUUUAUCAGCUUAGAGACAUUUCUUUACUCAAAGUCACUUGCAGCACUGAAAGUGUAAGAAAAAAAAUGUAUUUAAACUGUAUGUCAGAUAAUUCGCUGUUCGACCUGAUGACAAGGAAGGAGUAAUAUCUGUACUGAACCACAUAUAGCCUGUCUGCCAUCCAAAUGAAAUGAAUACAACAUCCAUCUCAUGUUUACUGGACAGCGCUACAGGCUGUGAACAGCUGUUUUUGUGUGUCAGUAUCAGGUAUAUGUUCCUGUGAUAAGCUUCAAUUUGAUGAUGAAUAGCCACAUUAUUAUUUCUGCAAGAGCUUCAUCACACCCAUGCCAGCUGGGACUAGUGAUAGUGAUAACAGACAUGAAAAUGAACAUUAAGUUAAAUGUGUACUGUAUCUGCUUUUAGAAGGUGCAUAAAGCUGAAAAAGUUUAAAAAGUA